GUUAGCACGAUGAACAUGAGAGGGAUUCAAGGAAUCGCUGACAGUUACCACAACGUUUCCGACCCAGACGCUAAUUCAGCUUUAAUGGAAUUAGAGAAAGGCUUACGAUCGUCUAAUGUUGGGGAGCAAUGUGAAGCUGUCGUCAGAUUCCCAACUCUUUUUGAGAAGUAUCCAUUUCCUAUUCUCAUUAACUCAGCAGUUCUCAAACUUGCUGAUGUCUUCAGAGCUGAUUUCAGUAAUAAUUUUAUCCGACUGUGUAUUCUGAAAGUGGUGCAGCAAACUGAGAAGCACCAUGACAAAGUCCUCAAUGUUGAAGAUUUCCUGAGGCGUAUCUUUGCAGUUAUACACAGCAAUGACCCUGUUGCCAGGGCAAUCACUCUACGGACCUUGGGAAGUAUUGCCAACAUGAUCCGAGAGAAGAAAAUUAUCCAUCACAGUAUUGUUGUUGCCUUAGAUUCUCAUGACAAUGUGGAAGUCGAGGCGGCCAUAUUUGCCGCUGAACGUUUUGCAGACAAAUCAAAAACAUUUGCAGCAAAUAACUGCGAAAAGCUCCAGAUGAUUGAAAGUAUAACCACCCCUGCUGACAGGAAACUAAAACUCAUACCCAUAAUGCAACACAUGUAUCAUGAUGCGAGUACGGCAUCAAAGGCUCGUGAAGUGUGUAAAUCAUUACUACCAAAGUACCCCACAAAGCAGUUUGUUACGGUUAUUCUGCACACAAUGUCACAGCUGACAGCACGCUCCUUGAUGGACAUUCCACAACAGGUGGAGCUGUUAACAAGUUACCUUGAGAGCGACCCUAGACGACAGGUCAAGAUGAUAGCAUUGUCUGAUCUGUGCAUGUUGGCACGUAUCGCUCCUCAUUUGUGGAAGGUGGACACAGUAGAGGUGUUAUGUAGGUUUGCCAUGAAGGUGACAUUCCCUGGUCUGGUGUGGGGGAUCCUCAGGGUUCUGACCACCCUGUCUUCAUCCCUGGCUGUCAAUCUAUUCUCCUUGUCUCCAGGUUCCCUGGGGUUGGAAGUCUGCCAGCGUUACUGUUACCAUGCCGACACGUCUUUAGCUGUGAAAGCUGUAGAGCUACUCACUGACCUUGCUCUGGCUGGAUACAACAAAGGAGGUGCAGGCCUGGUGGAGCAGACGGUGUCAGCCAUACAGACUCUACUACGACUCUCCACACUACAGCCUGCAUUCAGCAAGGAUUACACCAAUGUCAAGCUUGUGUUGAAGUGCGCAGUAAGGAUUUGUUGCCACAUUCCAUCAGCCUGUUCUGUGUGUGUAGAGACCUUGGCAGAUCUCCUCCUCAGUGUCUCAGGUCACCUCUCAGAGCUUCUGUCUGAAGGCUUGGCGGCUAUAGGCGACCAAGACGGAGACUCAUUACUGAGGGUAGUCCCUGUCCUUACUGACUGCUUAAGGAAUGCCCUGCUGGUAAACGACGCUGAAACGAGCAAAAAUCUGGUUUGCUUGUGCACAUUAAUCUUCCAAGCCUCCUCGAGUCAUUCCAUUCCCACUGACCUUCGUCACCUUUUGCUCAACACUACAAAAUCUACUAAUGGCUGGGAAAGUUACAAAAUAGGCAGGCAAGCCAUGAGAUAUGGGCAGUAUUGGAUUGCCAAAGAAGUCUUCAAAUCUUUAAAAAAACAGGUGUCCACAGAACACCUUUACUUCUGGCUGAAUGGACUAGAACACCUCUGUGCAGGAGAAGAGAGCCUUAGUGCAAUGGAGAAUGACGCCGGUAACAUGAUAGAGAAAAUCACCCACGCUGUGGAGAAUUACCACAGAGGUGUCACCUCUCUGAAGGCUGCUGCGACUCCGAGCUUCCCGCUGCUUUUUCAGAGUGGCUAUGCCCACACGCGUGCUCAGAUGCUUCAGGUGUUUACACAAGUUCUGCAGACAUGUAAUACCUUCCGCAGCUGUCCUCCCCCUGCUAUAGCAACGGCUCUGGCAAUCACUAAUGGUCAGGAGGUCAGCCGCUGUGGUCAGCUCAUUAGUCAGUUACACAAAUGUGCAUGUGAGUUUGGAGCGCUGAGCCAGAAGUUUGCUGUUCUUUAUCACCAGUCAUUUGAUGCUGACCUGAUCUCCCUCUACAACGUCAAGCUAUUACAAGAAACUUGUGAUGUUCUUAACAUGGCUAUAUUGUCUGUGCUACAAAAUUCUCUGACAAGACAGAGUAUGUUCCUGAUGGGCUUGGAUGGUGCUAAGCGGAGAGCCUACAGUGGUUACACAGACGUACUCCGACAGAUUCCCACAGCUGUUUCUGCCAUUCUCACUGAUGAUUCUAAUGGACCUCUCACUUAUAUUCACAUCGAGACUCUGACGGAAGCCAUUUACAACCUGAUCUCAGCAUCUCUUGGAUUCCCAAGAUAUUUCUUCCAGAGCCUACAGUCCACAAGCAUUAAGUUGGCAAUAUCUCCCCAACCUCGAUCUCUGUCGGAGCCGGUGAUGCUGUCACAUGAUACUCACCUGACCCUGAAGGUGGAAGGAAUCAUCCAGCAUGGCAAACGGCCGGGGCUGUACCGUAGCGUCCACGCUGUCAGGGUCAGUGUGACCUCUAACCUUCAGGCUCGCAGUCAGAUGACACAGGAGAGCAAGCCUCAGGACAUUGUCAGUAACGAUCUCGUGAAGACUGUCGAGCCUCACAACGACUACUUCAGUGCUAACUUCCUGCUGACUUUCCCCGUGACCGGUAUUCAUGGUGUCACCAUCAGGGCGUCCAUCUUGGAUUCUGAGGACAUUGUGUGGAACACGAGUGCUCAGAGCUCAUUCCUAGUAAAGUCCGAGGACCAGGCCUUUCAAAAACAACAGCAGAUUUUAAUCAGAGCUAUGCAUAGGGCUUCCUCAGCAGCACAUCAUUAAACAAGAAACCUGAUGUGAAAAUUGCUAGCUUUGUCAGCUUGUGAAGAUCAGCUUAGCCAUUUUGCGUUAUUUUUGAAUCUGAAAUCAGUGAAUUAUAUUAGCAAGGAACUGAAAUUCUUCAUGAAUGUGUAUAAUUGUCUAAUAUUUUCUUUGUCAUUUAGCUUAUGCUGCUUUUUGUUAAGUCUUAUAAAAAGUAUUAUAAAAAUAUAAUACUGUGCAUAAGUUUAUGAAAGUUUCAUCUUUUUUUUCCAUAACAGACAGUGCUCAACAAUACUCAGUAUU